AUGAAUCGUCAGGAAAUUGAUAAAAGAAUUGCGAAUUUGAGAGAAAUAUUGAAUUUACCGGAAAAGUCACGGAUUAUCAGUCGGUUAAGCGGUGGUCAACAGCGCCGGGUUUCGAUCGCCAUAACUAUGAUUCACAGACCGAGACUUAUUAUACUGGAUGAGCCCACUGUGGGGGUCGACUCUAUACUUAGGCAUAAGAUAUGGCAGUAUUUGGAGAACUUGUGCCAAACAAAUGGCCAAACAGUGAUAAUAACGACUCAUUAUAUAGAGGAGGCCCGGAGUGCAGCUCAGGUGGCGUUCAUGAACUCCGGCACUAUAUUGAAACAGUCGGCGCCCAACCAACUCAUGUCGGAAUACCAGUGCUCAACACUCGAGGAGGUGUUCCUACAACUCUGCAAUCAACAUAAUAAGGAUAAAAAUAACGCAAAUUUUAUUGAACAAAGUAGUGAUGAUUCAAACAAUUUAGGCAUAAGUAAUAUAACCCCCAUUGAAAACGAUUUGAUAAAUACUACAAACAUUAGUAGUAAACGCUUAGACAUGACACGCGUUAACGCAAUGCUAAUGAAGUACUGGAUAUUUAUUAAACGCAAACCACAAUUCAUAAUCAGUUAUUACACCAUGGUAAUUAUAACAUUAUGCGCUUUGAAUUUGAUUAUGGGCCGGGAUAUCAAUGGCAUUUCAGUCGCUGUAUAUAACAAUGAUGAAUCCCCACAACGACUUUCCCGGAUGUUGAUUCACUCAAUAGACGACAAACACAUAACUUUUGUGGAUUACCCGGACCCCGAGAGUGCCGUCAAUUCCGUACGCAAUGGACGUAAUUAUUUGGCGCUUCAAUUCAAACAAAACUUUUCCGACGCUUUCGAGACACGAGUGACCGAUCCGUUCAGCGCUACGGAUGAGGACGUUGAGGAAAGCCUCAUACAUUUAUAUCUGGAUAUAUCAAAUGCUGUUAUUGGCUUAAUGUCGGUUAAAUACUUAAUGAAUGGGUUCACCAACUUUAUGGACAAAUUAGGGAAUGAGGUUGGCAAACCUAAUUUACUCGACUUGAUUACACCCUUGCAAAUAACUCAAAUCUACCAUGGCAAUUUAAAAAACUUGUAUAACACAUUUGACUUGUUCGGUGCUCCCAUGUUAGUAAUGCUCGUCCUAUUAAUGCCCAUGCUACUUUCAGCAUUCUUAAUGGUCACCGCCAAAACCAAUAACACGAUAGAAAGGGUGUUUGUGUCGGGUGUUACAUCGCACGAGUAUUAUCUGGCACAUGUGGUCGUAAAUAUUCUCAUCAGUUUGGGCCUGGUUGUAAUCAGCAUGGUGGUAGUAUUUGUCGUGUUCAACGUAGAACAUCAGGGUAGUUUGGUGGAAACAUUUAUGUUACUUUUCUUGCAGACCUUGGUAGGCAUAGCUAUAGGUUUAGCGUUUUCCUUAAUAUUGGCCCAUAUGGUUUCAGUCAUGAUUUCUAUCAUGGGCCUAUCUAUGGCAAUAAUGAUGAUUUCUGGAAUUGUAUGGCCAUUAGAAGCAAUUCCUAACUAUUUCCUAAUCGUGACAUAUAUGAGCCCAAUAACUGAGCCCAUUAUCUCCAUGCGCAAUAUAAUGGUACGAGGUUGGGAUUAUUCC